AUGGCACCAAAGAGCCGCAUCAUUAUCGAUACCGACCCGGGUGUCGACGAUGUUCUCGCUCUGCUGUUGGCAUUUGCAGCAAAGAAAGAAGAGCUCGAGGUUCUCCUCGUUUCCUUGACGUUCGGAAACAUUGAUGUGCAGAGCUGUCUGAGAAAUGUCGUGUCUUUGUUCCAUUGGAUCGAGAAAGAGAUUGAGUGGAGAAAGGUGAAUGGGUUGCCAGAAGGGUUCGAGGCAUUAAGAGCACACAAACCUCUUGUCUCGGUUGGCGCUGAAGAGCCGCUUGCGGACCAGAUGAUGCUGGCUGACUAUUUCCAUGGAAGUGACGGGCUGGGUGGAAUCCACUCAAGCCAUCCGCACCUCACGCCCGAGGAAACAUGGAAAAGCCUUUUCGCAUCUGCUCUGUCUUCGUCUGACGCGGAAACUGUGGCUGCGGCCCGUGAAGCCCAGCAACCGAACGCGCUCUUUGCGCCGUCGACACAGCGUUCACACCUGGAGAUUUUGCGCCUACUUCGGGAGAACGAGCCCAAUACCAUCUCCAUCAUCGCCAUCGGACCGCUGACGAACUGCGCUCUCGCUGCUGCCGCCGACCCGGAGACAUUCCUGCGCGCAAAAGAGGUCGUCGUCAUGGGCGGCACCAUCGCCGAGACCGGAAAUGUACUUCCUCCCCCAUCCUCGUCAGCUAGAACUGAGCGGCCACCGCCCUUCAAUCUGAUCAAGGCGCCGGACACACCCUUGAGAGCUGCGCUAAACAAACGCAACCAGGUCACUCCCGUAGCUGAGUUCAACACAUAUGCCGACAGCAUUGCUGCCGCACGUGUUUAUGCUCUCACGAGCGCUCUCCCGGAAAGCACCAUGCCGCCGACGCCGCCUGCACCGCCGGGCAAGGAGCACGACCACUUGAAGCCCUAUCCGAAGAAUUUGAGCAAGAAGCUCAAAGUCGCCAUGUUUCCGCUCGACAUUACACACAAGCAUGAGCUCACCCGCGGCCAGUUCGACGCCGCCAUCGCCUCCCGCCACACCGCCGGCUCUCCGCUCGCGACGUGGGCGUCAGUCUUCCUCAGCAGCACCUUCCGCAAGAUUGAAAGCCUGUCCAGCUCCGACAAGGAUGCCGUGGCAGAAACCGUCUCGCUCGCCCUGCACGACCCUCUGUGCGUAUGGUAUGCCAUGAGCCCGGAUGACCCGCGUUGGAAGUGGGCGCCCGGCCGUGAGGACCGGAGAGGUGUGCCGGGCGAGGAGGAUGGAUACGAGGACAUCAGAGUCGAGACGAGCGGGCAGUGGACGAGGGGUAUGUGCAUGGUGGAUAGGAGGGAGCGGAGGCUGAGGAAUGACGACGGCGAAGGGGGCGAGGUGCCCGGCGACACCGGGAAUUGGCUUGGCAGAAAGGCAGGUAACAGGAUCAGGAGGUGCGUUGGGAGCCCUGGUGAGGAGAGGUUUGCAAAGGAGCUGCUGGAGAGGGUGUUUGGUUAG